AUGGAUUGGUUCGUGAUCGAUAUGGAGCACUCACCCAAUGAAUUGAACGAUGUGCUGCUGCAGCUGCAGGCAUCUCAACACGGUGCCGCGGAGCCCGUGGUGCGAGUGCCAUGGGCGGAGCCUGUGGUGGUGAAACGUGUUUUGGAUUUGGGCGCCCAGAGCUUGAUCUUCCCUUGGAUCAACACGCCCGAACAAGCGCAAGAGGCCGUGCAGGCAACGCGCUAUCCAAGCUUGGGCGGGAUCCGCGGCGUCAUGAGCCUGGCUCGAAUGAACAACUAUGGAGCGCAGAAUCCGCAUUACUACAAGGAGGCUGCCGGACAAAUCUGCAACAUCAUGCAGAUUGAGACUGUGGAGGCAGUCGAGAAUAUCGAGGCCAUUGCCCAAGUGGAUGGAGUGGAUGCCCUCUUCGUUGGCCCCAGCGACCUGAGUGCCUCCAUGGGCUACAUUGGGCAGCCCCAACACCCAGAGGUGAAGGCGACCAUCGAGAAGGCCUUUGCGCGGAUUGUGGCCACUGGGAAGGCUGCGGGUUUCCUGACGGCUAACAAGGAUGAUGCCAAAUGGGCGUUGAAGUGUGGAUGCGCCUUUGUGGCGGUUGGCAGUGACAUGCAGAUGCUCACUGUGGCCGCCAAGGGCGCGGCGGCGGAAUUCCACGACUUCGCCAAGAGCUUGUGA